CAAAAAGGUAGCGCUGGUCGAGACGCUCUCCGUGGGAGCGGCAGAGGACGCUGCCCAUCUUGAGCGCCCCGUCGCGUCGUGGUGGUCUCAUCGUCCGCCAGAGAGGGCCGGGCAAUUCUGCACUUCGGAGAGAGUGCUCCAGAGGGGAGACUGGCUGCACUUCGGAGAUAGUGCUACUUCUCGAGGGAGGCUGAGCAGUCGCACACUCAUGGGGUCCUUCGCGCGGCCCAAGAACGGCGAUCCCGAGGCCGGCAAGAAGCCCUUGCCGGAGCUUCGGCCCGGCGCGGUCGUGGCGAGCCCCCCGAUGUGGAAGGGCAGCCCGGAGAAGCGCGCCCGCCUCGAGGCGCUCCGCCGAAAGUCGCUCGAGCCCGAAAAGGUCGCACGAGAGAUCGCCGCGGCGCAGCGCGCCGCCGCCAUGUCCACGCGGCGGCCGCGGCGGCCCGCGCCCGCGCCCGCGCCCGCGCCCCGCGGCUCGCGGCCGCCGUCGAGCGACGACGUGCCCCUGGACUGGCGCCUCCUGACGGCCUGCAAGGCCGUCGCCGACGCCGAGGAGGACGACCGGCGCAAGGCGGAAAACAAGCGCAAGGACGCGGAAGCGGCGCGCAUCAUCAACGCGCAGCUCAAGGAGAACGAGCGGGCCCGCGAGAUUGAGCGCCAGCGCCGCGAGGCCGUGAAGCGCGAGGCGCAGGCCGACGCGCGGCGGGUGGCGGCCGCCGUGCGCGCCGAGAAGGUCGCCGCGCGCGAGAAGAAGGAGCGCGACCGCAAGAUGUUCGACGAGCAGGCUAAGGCGUACGCGGCCCAGCGCGCGCGGCAGCGCGCCGCCGAGGAGGCCGCCGAGCGGGUCGAGGUCGACGCCGCGAAGGCGUCGCUCCUCGCGGAGGAGCGGAAGAACGCGCGGCUCAAGAAGAGCUUCCAGGCCGAGCAGGAGCGGCUCGCGCGGGAGAUCAUCGUCGCGCGCAAGCACAAGGAGGAGCAGAAGCUCGCCGAGUGGCGCGAGAACGCCCGCAUCGACCGCGAGGCGCGCGAGGCGCAGGACGAGACGGAGCGGCGGCGCGCGAUGGUCAAGGCGCAGCGGGACGCCCGGAUCGCGCGGUGAUGCUCCGCGCGGACAUCGAACGCUUCGCUGCCCUUCGAUCGUUUUACGGCCUCGCGGCGACGCCGUCGCGUCAACCGUCGACGAGUUGGUGUCUACGCACAGGUUCCAGUCGAACUUCGCGCAAGGCGCCGGCAAGGAGCAGGCCGACGCGGCGGCCGCCGAGGACGCCAUGAUUCGGCGCUACCUCGAGAAGCAGGCCCAGGCGAUCGAGGAUCGCCACCGCUCGGACCUCGCGAAGAUAGCGGACACGAAUGCCAAGAUCAAGGCCGAAAACGACUCGCAGCUGGCACGAAAGGCGCGCGACCGCGCCGCCGCCGCGGCCGAGCGCCGCCGCGACUUCGAGCGCGUCCAGGCCGCGCAGCAGCGGCUCCGCGAGGAGACCGCGGCGGCCGCGCGCGACAAGCUCGCCAGGCAGCGGCGCUUCGUCGGCAUCCUCCAGGAGCAGAGCCGCGCGGUCGCGCAACGGCGCGAGGCCGAGAAGGUCGUCAUGACGGCGGCCGAGCGCUCGCUGAACGGGUCGAUCAUCGACACGUUCGCGAAGGCGUCGCCGGAGCGGAAAGCGAAGAUCCGGGAGAGGAUGUGAGGGGGCCUUCCGCCCGGUUAGCAGCACCGCGAGAGAAUAAUCUUAAUACAUACCCCACCACUGGAGUCUAGAGCUCGCCCGCGCCGCCGCCGCACGG